AAUUAAAUCAUGAAAAAGAAAUCCAAGUGUUACACUAACUCUGAUAGUCCUAAUAUUGACAAUACUAUUACCAGUAGCACUGGUUAUUGUUCUGUUAGUCAUGAAAACUUAAGUCCUACAACUACAAUUCUAUUACCAAGAAAUUUAUUGGAUAGUCCAAUACACAAUGAUAAAUCAAUUUUACCAUUAACCCUAAAGAAUAAACAGAAAAAUUCUUAUCAAAAAAUACCAAUAAUGCAUUUGAAAGCAGAGAAGAAGAGCCAAAAUUCCGAUAACAAUAUCAUUGAUUCUGAUACUACCAUGUCUACGAUGAUAAAUGGUGAUCUAAAUAAAAUUAAUGAGAAACGCUUUACUGGAUUCUAUUUCAAAACUACAUAUUCUGAUGUUAACUUUAUUAUUAAAGAUCCGUUUAUCAUUGAAAAAUUGAUUUUACUACCUAUGACUAAAUUAUUUCUCUAUUUGUUAAAAAAAACACAACGUAUAUUGACUGAAAAUGAGCCAAAUUAUAAAUGCAGUAAAACCAAAUCUGUUCACACAAUCACUAUCAAUAAAACAAAUGACUAUUCAUGUCAAAUGAUUCAUUGUAAACGUGUAUUAAUGGAAUUGUAUGAGCACUAUAUUGUAACUUAUGGAUAUUUAAAACAUACAAAACUAUUUAUUAAGUAUGCAUUAAAAGAUUUUCCUGAUUGUAUAGAAAAAUCUAGACUUUUGAAAUUACUGCAUAAAAAUAAAACAUUAAUGAAUGUUUCCAAUAAAUCCGAUGAAUUCCUCAGUCAACACGAAAAUAAUCAUGAUGAUACUCGUGAUUUUAUUUUAAAUAAUGAUAGAAUUUCAUCUGAAUGUCAAUCUCCAUCAUCUUCUAGCUCAUCAUAUACAACUAAAUUGCAUCCUUUUCAAAGUUCUUCAUUUUCACUAAAUGAAUAUCAUUCUCAACGAAAUCAAUUGUUUUCAUCAGAUUGGUUUAAUAAUUAUUCUUCAAAUAUUAUCAAUAUGUUACCUUUUGAGUUUACAGAUAAUCCAUCACAAAUAAAUGAGUUUACAUCAAAUUAUAUUAUACAAACUAAUACGAAAAUAUCAAUGAAGAUAUCAUCAGGUAAUUCACAAAAUAAAAACGCUUCAUUAUUCAACAUUCACUACAAAACACAAUUAUGCAAAUAUUUUCAAGAACAUUCUGGUUAUUGUCCAGUUGGAGUAAGAUGUCAUUUUGCACAUGGCAUAGAAGAACUGCGUGAUCCAAAAUCACAUCCAAAAUUUCGUAGUCAAACAUGUCGAAAUUAUUCAGUUACUGGUAAUUGUUUAUAUGGCGAUAAAUGUUAUUUCAAACAUUUCAUAGACGAUUUAUCGUCGACAAAAAACGAAACAACAUCAGAAUUAGAAAUAUUCAAUAAUAAAGAAAAUCUAUCACCUGAUUCAACUAGUCAAUCAGGGAAAUAUUUGUUUAAUUAAAAAGAAAAAGAAUAUUAAAAGGAAAGAAUGAUUAUUGAACAACAGACGAAUUAAAAUGAAAGAAUACAAUGAAUGAACAAAGGUAUCAAUAUGAUUCACUUAAUAAGUAGGGUAUAAUAAAACUGCUAUUUUUAAUUCUUAUCUAAUAGUAUGGAAAUCCGCAUUGAAUAUUUAACAAUAAAGAAUGUUUAAAUGAACAA